AUGUUCUCCACUGCGAAAAGAUACGGUAAGCGUAUCAUCGGGUACCCCGAAGAGAGUGUUCCCGUCGUCUCCGUAUCAGACUGGGUUCGCCACCUUUCGAGGGACCCAAAGCGCGAAGUCCUCCACUACUUCAGGAGUCUUUUCCCUAUCAUUGGCUGGAUCACAAGAUAUAAUUUAGGUUGGCUGUACGGCGAUGUGGUCGCUGGUCUGACAGUUGGGAUAGUCGCUGUACCGCAGAGCAUGUCUUAUGCUACGAUUGCCACACUGCCUCCACAAUAUGGUCUGUACUCCGCGUUCGUUGGCACAUUUGUCUACUGUCUCUUCGCCACGUCGAAGGAUGUCUCAAUCGGCCCAGUGGCAGUCAUGUCCCUAACCGUCUCGCAGAUCAUCGCCCGUGUCAACAAGGCACACCCUAAUGUUUGGAGUAGUCCGCAGAUUGCAACGACCCUCGCUUUCAUUUGCGGAUGGAUUACCUUCGGCCUAGGAAUCCUACGUCUCGGGUGGGUCGUGGAGUUUAUACCGGCGCCAGCGGUUGGUGGGUAUAUGACCGGCUCCGCAAUUAAUAUCGUUGCGGGGCAAGUUCCCGGUCUAAUGGGGGAGACGGGGUUCAAUACGCGUGCUGAUACAUACGAGGUCAUCAUAAACUCGCUCAAGUAUUUACCGAAGACCAAGCUUGAUGCGGCUUUUGGACUCACCGGACUUGCGAGCCUCUACCUCAUUCGGAUAUUUUGCGAUAUUCUUUCUCGACGUUUCCCCAGAAGAAAACGGAUAUUUUUCUUCAUAUCCGUCUUCCGAAAUGCCUUCGUUAUUAUUAUUCUGACGCUCGCAUCUUGGCUGUAUUGUCGGCAUCGAAGGUCAAAGUCUGGCAGUUAUCCUAUCAAGAUCCUCCAAACUGUACCACGGGGUUUCCAUCAUGUAGGUUCUCCCGUCAUCGAUCGUCAAUUGGUUUCAGCGCUCGCCGGCCAGUACCCUGUGGCUACGAUUAUUCUUGUGCUGGAACACAUCGCCAUCGCGAGAUCCUUUGGUCGCCGAAACGGUUACAAGAUUAACCCCAAUCAGGAGCUCAUCGCCAUCGGUGUCACCAACACUGUGGGCACAGUGUUCGGCGCCUACCCGGCCACCGGUUCCUUCUCCCGCUCUGCACUGAAGUCCAAGUCGGGCGUGCGAACCCCUGCUGCGGGCAUCCUUUCAUCCAUCGUCGUUAUCGUCGCUUUGUAUGGUCUGACGUCGGCCUUCUACUGGAUUCCCACCGCUGGCUUGUCUGCGGUGAUCAUCCACGCCGUCGCGGACCUCGUCACGUCUCCACGCCAGGCGUACUCGUACUGGCGCGUAUCGCCGAUGGAGUUCGUUAUCUGGGCGGCCUCAGUCCUCGUCACGGUGUUCUCCACGAUCGAGAUAGGUAUCUACACUGCAGUUGCGAGUUCUGCGGCGCUGCUCCUAGUGCGCAUUGCCCGCCCGCGUGGGUACUUCCUCGGAAAGGUCACGCUCCGAGGAGACAAGCGCGACGAUGUAUCAGAAACCCGGGACGUGUUCGUUCCGCUCAACCCCAAGCCCACGGUCAUGAAUGCCGCGGUGAAGGUCACACCGCCAGAGCCCGGUGUGAUCGUUUACCGGUUCGAGGAGAGCUUCCUCUAUCCAAACUCGUACCUGCUCAACUCCGUGAUCGUGGAUUACGUGAAGGAGCACAUGAGACGGGGGAGGGACAUGGCUGCCGUCAAGCUUAGCGACCGUCCUUGGAAUGACCCUGGUCCCCGGCCAGGACAUGAUGAGUCCGCGGAGAACUUGAAGAGACCAGAAUUACGUGCCGUCGUGAUUGACUUCUCCGGAAUCUCUCAGAUUGAUACCACUGCUGUACAAGCGUUGAUCGAUACCAGGACAGAACUCGAGCGAUGGGCAGACCAUCCUAUCGAGUUUCACUUCGCAACUAUCCUGUCUCCAUGGAUCCGCCGCGCCCUCAUCGCAGGCGGAUUCGGCACCGGAGUGGCGUCUUCAAGCAUUCCUCUUGAAAUCGCGCCUGUGGUUCCUUACCGCGGUGGACGCAAGGUGCCCACACCAGACAAGCUGCAUGACGAAGAGUCUGGUGGGAGCAUACAACAGGUGCCGUCGCAUCUGCAGGAUGUCGAGGACGAGAGCGAGCCCAUCAGUCUAGUGGACACGCCAUUCUUCCACUUCGAUCUGAUCAGUGCUGUUCGUGCCGCGGAGAGCGGUCUGGCACGGUUACACAGUCAGACUAGCACGACCAAGUCGGAUCUGAAGGUGGAAGAGUCAUGA